AUGGCGCCUGUUCGUCGGCCGCACGGCGACCCUGUUCCUGUGUACGAGGACGGAAGUGACAACUUCACUCUAGAGGUGAUUCACGGGGGUGAUUUUGUUGGUUCUGGAUGCAACAGGGCAUAUGUACAUGGCACAAAGGUUUGCUUUGAUGAUUGUGAUUGUGAUAGUUGGUCUGCUCUGUGGCUUGAAGAUCUAAUUGAGGAUUUAGGUUAUGAGACAGCAGGAAGGAUAGAUGUGUACUGGUUGUUACCAGGAAUGCAAAUAGAUGCUUUGAGCAUGGUGUCGAAGGUGAAAGAAGGGCGUUCAACUAUUGUUCAGGAGGCAGGAAUCAGAUAUUUUGAUGAUUUAUAUGGCGUGCGAGCUACAGUAAAUGUUUAUGAGCCAAAGGUGAAAAAAGAUAGCAAGGAUCUUAGCCAAACAGGGAUUCAAAUUAAUAAUGGGCCAAAGGAUCAAAUAGAUAGUAUAGUUGUUUGUUAUUCAGUAGCUCCAGGCCACGGUGGUGACAGAUUUUCUAGGUUUCACGUUGUUUGGAAUGAUGGCGUACGAAACAUGUCCUGUGUGGAUCUCAAUUGUCCGGGUUUUAUACAAGUUAGCCACAAUGUUGGUCUUGGAGGGAGAGUACAACCUGUUUCGGUCUACAAUGGACCACAAUAUGUGAUAAACAUUUUUGUUUUCAAGGAUCCAAAGACAAAUAAUUGGUGGUUGGCGUAUGGUGAAGACAAAGCAGUAAUUGGAUAUUGGCCAAGUUCACUAUUCACUCGCCUUAAGGAUAAAGGUGAUUUUUCAUUUUGGGGCGGGAAUGUUUAUGGCCCAACUGCUUCAUUAGACUCUCCACAAAUGGGUAGCGGGCAUUUUCCCUCCGAAGGGUAUGGAAAAGCUGCUUUUAUGAAAAACAUCCAGAUUGUUGAUGGAAACAACAAGCUAGUUACUCCAAACAAAAACAAAGAUCUUAUUGGCACUAGUGAUAUAAGAAAAUAUUCUGUGUAUGGUUAUAAAGUUGAUAACCAUGGUAUGCAUAUCUAUUAUGGUGGACCGGGUAUUUUAGUAUAA